GUCAUCAAGACUCCAAUGACUAGCCAAAAGACUUUUGAAUCACUUGUGGAUUUCAGUAAAGCAGUAGGAAAGAGUCCUGUCAGCUGUAAGGAUACACCAGGGUUUAUUGUAAACCGUCUCUUGGUGCCAUAUAUGAUGGAAGCUGUUCGACUUUUUGAGAGAGGAGAUGCAUCAAAGGAAGAUAUUGAUGUUGCUAUGAAGCUUGGGGCUGGCUAUCCCAUGGGUCCAUUUGAACUGCUGGACUAUGUUGGGUUGGAUACCAGUAAAUACAUUAUAGAUGGAUGGCAUUCAUUAGAGCCCAACAAUCCUCUUUUUGCACCCAGCCCACUCCUGAAUAAACUGGUAGAAGAAAAGAAGCUGGGUAAGAAGACUGGAGAAGGAUUUUACAAAUACAAAUGAACUCCACUACACUCGAGAGCUGUUAAACUCUCUGUAUGUGCUAUUCAGUAUUGCCAUAUUACAGGUGAAUUCGGUUUAAGCCUUCCCAAGGAUGGCACAAGCUGCAUUUAGAACGUAACCCACCUCUGAACUGAGUGAUUGCACUAGUUAACUGUUUCUCUGGUGACAGCUUGAUUUGGUAGAUUUUUUUUUUUCAUGUAAUUCUGAAAAGCUUUAUACGUACAGUGCCUUCAUGCAAAUGUUGAUUUUCCAGGUGCAGAACAGAAUGACAAGUGAAUUUAUGUAUUUGAAACAUUAUUGUAUUAAUGGGGAAAAUCCUAAAAAUAACCGCACUUUCUUAAAAAUAAACUUUUCAACAAUUCUGG